GUCGGUACGCUAGAUCACUGAGCUCAGGCCCUUGGUUUUUGGGCUAUAACGGUGGGCCUUGAAGACGAUUCGAAUCGUUUCUGAAGCGUACUGGACCCUGUCGACCGGUCAGCAGCGCUUCACGCCAUCGACAAGACCUCACACCGCCUGUGCAGCACUCACUCAGCAACACUCCGCAGCACACAAGCAGCCAGCAGAGAUGCUGCUAGUCGGCUUAACCGGAGGAAUAGCCACGGGCAAGUCCACGGUCACCGCCUGGUUCCGCUCCCAAAAUGUUGAGGUGAUCGACUGCGACCAGCUCGUGCACGACCUGCAGAAACCGGGCACGCGGUGCACGCGGGCGCUCGACCGGGCCUUCCCCGGCGUCGUGAAGAAUGGCACAUUGGACCGCGCGGCGCUCGGCGCGGCCAUCUUCGGCGACGUCGCGAAAAGAAGGAAGCUCGACGCCGUCAUGCGGCCCUUUAUUGCGAAAACGCUGAUCCAGGCCAUCGGCUAUCACUUCUGUGUCGGCACGUCUUUGGUGAUUCUGGAUGCGCCGCUGCUCUUCGAGUUCAAGCUCGACAAAAUCUGCGCUUUAUCAAUUGUCGUCGCCGCGGCGCCCGAGACGCAGCUGCGACGCGUUAUGAAUAGAGACAACAUUGAUGAAGAGGCCGCAAAGAAGCGCAUCGACGCGCAGAUGCCCCUCGCGCUGAAAUUGGAUAGAUGCGACGUCGCUCUACAAAACGACACCUCCAAAGUCGCGCUGCACGCACUAUUGGAAAGGGGCGUCCUCCCACGUUUACAAAAAAGAGCGAGGAGGCGGUACUUCGUGUCCCUUCCCGGAUUCAUCUUCGUGGCAGUACUAAUCUAUACAUUCUCU